GUAACCUUUUUCCUUUUCAUUUCCCUAUCAACACAAACUGAAGGAAUGAACCUUCUCAAUUUCUAUUUAUAGACUUGAUUUUUACUCUUUUUCUAAGUUCAUUUCAUUCUGAUAUAUUCCAGUAAAAAAAUGGUGCAACAACAGUCAGAGUCCAAGGAUGAGCUUCUGUUUCAGCAAGUGAGUUACAAUGACGUCGAAGCUAUCAAAUUGCUUCGUCGUGAAGGUGCAGGAUUCGAGGAUGUAGCGUACAUUGUUCCAAUUCCGGAAGAAGACUCUACAGGAACAACGAGCAUGGUAGAAGAUACAACCGGCAACAUGGCCUUUGCGGUUCAGACCAGACUGAGAAACUUAUGCCUAAUUCGUGAGGACAGAGAUAAGAUGCUAUGUGCAAGUUGUGGACGCACUGGUCAUUUGGCUGAGAACUGUUCAUAUGUCCGAUCAAGAGGACAAGCGCAGGAUAAAACCAAAGGUUAGGAUUACAAAAAUAAAAUAAGAAGGCAUUCGAUGGUUGUUUUAUGAUAGUGGUAUUUUUAGGGUCAACAAAUUUAUCUUGUUGAUUCUAUAAGAUACUAACUGUUUAGAAAAUACUGCCAUUUGCAUUGGAUCGACCCUCACUGCACCCCGUCCUUUGCUUAUCUUCCAUCCCUUGGUUAACUUCCGUGGUAGUGAGACCUUCCGCAGAACAAGCUCUCUCAAUCUUGGGGUCGUGGAGUUUCUCUUGAUUUUUUUUCUCUUCGUAAGGUCGUGCUCGGACUGAAGAACAUGCUCGUGGAACCUGCUCUGGUACCACGGGUGUCUGCCUCAGUCAAUGUCAUGGUCAGUGACAAUGAUUGUGUUGGGCUCAGCGGACUUAGUGACACCAAUGACUACUAUAUAUUUCAUCUAAUAUAUAUAUUUUUUUUUUGGGAAAUACGCUUGUUUAUCAUGUGUUUAUCUUAAGUUCACACUAAAACAGACAAUACAUCUAGAACAAGAAAAGGUUGACAAAAAAAGAAGAUUAAAGUUAAAAAUGUCUUAUAAAUG